UCCCCUCUUCCCUAAAACAUAUUCUAAAAGUUGUUUGAAAGAUUGAUACACAUUCCCAGUCCAUUGCAUUUGUGAAUCAUUUUGAUAGAUUUUUUUCAGAAUGGAUGAGGCGAUUCACUCGACUCCCACAUCCAAGUUAACGUUUCAAGAUCAGAUCUAUGCGGUGAAAUUGUCGUCAUACGAGUGGUCGCAAAAUUUAAUUUGCAUUGCCUUCGGUGAGGAAAUUUCUAUUGGAGUUAUCAAAUUUCAGGACGAAGAAGAUGUUUCUGAGGACGUUAUUUACACGCCGAUUAGAACAUUUCAUCACGAUACGAGAGUUCACUCGAUCGCUUGGAGCCCAGAAACUUCAUUGAGUGUUGUGCCAAAAAUAGUGGCUUUUUGUAUUGCUGGUGCCGAUUUCAAAAUUCGUCUUUACAACAGUAAUUUAAACGACGUUAAUGUUUAUGAGGUACUUUCGGGGCACCGGGACUAUAUUAAUGAAGUAGCAUACGAAUCGGAGGGAGAAUUAGUUGCCUCAGUGUCUGAUGAUCAUACCUGUAAACUAUGGGCUGUGAAAGAAGAUCAAAAAUGCAUCUCUUCGUUUUAUUUAACAUCCCCCGGAAUGAGCGUUUGUUGGCACAAGGAAGAGUCUGGGAAGCUACUUGUUGCUGAGAAAAAUGGACUAAUUAGAAUGUACAAUGUGAGAUGUGAGCAGGCCAUUAUGUCCCUGGAUGCUGGGGUAGUUCCACUUUCGUCGGCUGAUUGGGCACCAAAUCCGUUGAAAGUUGCUUGUUUAGCAACUGGGGAAUUGCUAGUCUGGGACGUCUCGAGACCGAGUCGACCCCUUGAAACGAAAACCAUCUACGUAGAAGGAGGAAUAUCCCUGAAAUUUUCGUGUGGAAAUGAAAAUAUAAUUGCCACCAUUGGACGCCCGGACAAUGUUUUGAAGGUGAUAAAUUUACGAACAAAACAAGUGGUUCUCAGUGCAACUGUUCGGCUCUACGGAGGCAUCACUUGGCAUUAUAAACUACCCUACAUUUGUGCGGCUAGUGACAGAGAACUCCUUUUUUGGCGGAUCAAUUCUAAAUGAAAAGUUUUUUUUCAUAAAUUUUGCAAAACUAACUCAAUGGUUUUCAACUAAACUACUAUCUGUACAUACAUUUAUAUCAAUUUUUGUUACUGAUUUAGAAAAUGAAAUAAAGACAAAUGGUCUUUUUUGUGCCCAAA